AUGUGUGUUCAAGUCAACGCAAAGGCGCCAGACAAAACCUGUUCCUCUGACUGCGAACAAAUUUUCCGGACCACCCAACAUCUUCCUCGCCUGUUCCUGAAGCAAACGCUUCCUUGUCGAGGACCGCAGAGUCCUCCUGCAAAGUCUGGCGCUAUGUCCAGGUCAACACAUGCCCUGAUGAGCAGGGCCUUCGUUGCUGCCAUGGCCCUAUCGUCAACCGUCAUUGCACAAGAAGCAGGCUGGAUGGAAAACCAGAUCAACUCCACGAUGUGCACAUGGGAAGCAUUGCGAGCCAUCCAAGUGAGGGACACUCUUUACUUAGACGGAGGCCAUCUUGCCUGGGCCCCAGGACUUGCCGAUGGGUCGUACGGACCUUAUAUGGUGGACGACAAUCCAUUGGGGUACAUGUACAGCCUCAACUUCGGCAAAUCCUUCAAUACUUCGGCCAAUAUAAGUUCCAUUCUGGGGACUAUAUCUAAGGGCGGUGCCAGCUUUGCGCCGAAUUACGUGGAGGGUGGGCUACUAGGCAACGAUAACGAAUUCUAUUUCUAUGGUGGCAUGACGCGGCGCAGAGACAGUGUUGCGGCGCCUCGCGCAGACGACAUCCUCAGUUACAAGGCAUCAGGAUCAGGAGCCAGCUUCCGGCGCGGGGUUGAAAUCGCACGCUUGCCGCAAGACAAAGAUAUAACCCGCUACGUGGCCUACGGCGGCGCUGUUAGUGCCCCAUCGGAAAACAAGGCAUUUUACUUUGGAGGCUUGCGGUCUCCAUCACAUGGCGAGAUCUUUCAACCGCAGAGCCAGGACACGAUCCGCAUCACUCCCGUCAACGCCUCGAAUACAUUGAUCAGUGUGGACCUCAGUCAAGAUGCCGACAAACGGUGGAAUAACAUUACACUGCCCAACUUCAUCAAAGGUCGGGCCAACCCAGAGCUGGUAUGGGUCCCUUACGGCAAGCAGGGCCUUCUUAUUGCUAUUGGAGGUGUGACAUUUCCAGAAUACGCUACUACUACCCGUCGAUCAUCUAAUCCAGCUCAGGCGGAUGCCGAUGGUCGGGAUUUCAUGAAUAUCAUCGACGUUUACGACAUCGCCAACGACAAAUGGUAUCAACAGCCGGCCAACGGACAGCCGCCGGGAACCAUGGCCCGAGGCUGUACUGUGGUGGCCCCCGCACAAGACAUGUCUAGCGUCAGCAUAUACUGGUAUGGAGGAUAUAACGGACUCGACCCGCUCAAGGAGUUUAGUGACGACGUCUAUCUCCUCUCGCUCCCUUCAUUCCAUUGGAUGAAGGUAUAUUCUGGAAAGCCCAGUCACGCUCGCGCAGGCCACAAAUGCGUGAUGCCUUACCCGGACCAGAUGAUGGUAAUUGGUGGGUUUACCCCAUUAACAGGCGCCAGGUCCUCCUGUGUGGAAGGAAGUGUGAUCCAGGUCUUUAACUUGACCUCACUGAAAUGGCUGGACGCAUACGAUCCCGCAAAGUACAGCAAGUACGGCGUCCCCUUAAUGAUAAACGCCAUGAUUGGUGGCGAUGAGCACGGCGGCGCUACAUUGAAGUCACCCGACCCUACGGGAUGGAAGACUGCAGAGCUCGGCAGCGUCUUCGCAGAGAGUUAUCCAACAUCAAAAAUCGCCACGUAUUACCCAUACGCAUCUGCCCCCAGUGAGAGCUCAACACGAAAUGAUGGCGGUGGCAAUAGCGGCGGCCCUCCCAGCUUUACGUGGCCCCUUGUUGGCUCCCUCGUCGGCAUCGUUGUCAUUGCCAUCAUCGCCCUUGCGAUUGUAUGCUUCAGGCGCCGCCGUCGCCAAGCUCAAGGCGAUGGUCAGGUCACUGAGGAGAGAGAUGAGAAUGGCAACAAGAUUAUUUCCUGGAUGCGUGGCCACCCUAGCGAAGGCAAGACACCGACUGUGACGGCAACAGAGGAUACAUAUUUCACUCCUGACAUGGAAACUGGCACCCCGAUUACCCCUGGAAUCGUUCAGACGGUGCCUCCCGUAGCACCUGUUUAUAAGCCAGCCCCGCCGCCGGCAGAGAUGAUGGAUACGCAGGUGGCUGAGCUGAUGGAUACUUCUCCUCGCAUCGAGCUGCAAGACACAGGCCUCACGCCCGUAGAAAUCAUCAACAAACACUCCCACCUGCACCAGAACCAUGGAGGCUCCAUCCACAGCUCGAAUAUGUACUCUUCGAUAGGCCAGACCGACCAUGUAUCAGGCAUAUCAAGAGUGUCGGGGCCGAGCGAAGCUGGUUUCCGCAAUGACGACGCUGUCCAAGGUAUCCGUCCCGAUUCGCCAGCCCUUGGCUCAGUAGGCGCAUACGGUGGUGCCGGGGCACGAGUCGAAAUGGGCAUCACUCAAAACUACCAGCCCGAUCGCCAGCAAAGCCCGACUCCUCGCAACGAGUCGGGUGUCUCGGGAAUCAGCGACCGUGACCGUCGACACCUGCGACACUUGUCCGAUGAGACGGUAUCUUCAGUCCACAGCGGCGCAGGGAUAGGCUCUCCUGGGCGCGGUCCCCUUUCACAAUACAUGAACGCCGACGGAUCAAGCAGCCACACCGCCGACAUAUCCUCGGCCCAGGCAAACAAUAUCAUCAGCCCGGCGAGCAGUGGGCCCACCGCGCUAGGCGGCAACCACCCUCUUGUAGGCACGCCGCCUCUGGUGUCGCCCCCCACGGCUGACGACGAGCCCCAGGAUUAUCUGAGCGUUCAACCACAGCAGCAAACUCGAGCCAUCAAUGCGCAGUAUGGGAGCCCCUUGAGGAGAAGUAUUUUCCGUGAAAGCGAGGAUGAUCUGGGCGGACGUAUGUAA